AUGCACACGGAAUUCAAUCAUCCGAUGUCCAUCAUCCCUGAUGCGUAUAGCUGGCCGCCACAUCCUCGUGUUAUCUACACCGCACUUGUGAUGGCAGAUCUUGUUCUUCUCUCUGCAGAAGAUUUGCAUUCUGUUGCCCCGAUUUGA